AUGUGUAGCUUAUGUUUAGAUCAUAAAACCGGGAAUCCGAAUGAUAAUAAUACUUUAUCAGAUAAUAAGUUAACAGUGCAUCAUUAUUUAUAUUUGGGUUGGCCGGAUUUCGAUGUUCCAGCGGAUUCAGAAGAAUUUUUGAAAUUUCUACUCACUGUUAAACAAAGUCAUAAUUCAAGAUCAAAAUUAUUAUUCUCAUCAUCACUGUCAUCGCCGUCGUCAGUAUCACCAACAACAACAACGUCAACAGGAUCGUCAAAUCACAAAACAACUUCUCAAUUCGAUUCUUUAUCCCCAUUACUGGUACACUGUAGCGCUGGUAUUGGUCGUACAGGAACAUUUGUUACAACAGAUAUUUGUUUACAACAAGCAAUAAAUGAAGGUUAUCUUGAUGUACCAGAUGUGAUUAAUCGAUUAAGAUGUCAACGUGCCGGGGCUGUACAAGUUGCUAAACAAUAUGCAUUUAUUCAUCAAGCACUUGUAUCACAAUUAUCAAAACAACAAAUCAAUAAGAAUGAUGAUAACCAGCACAGUUGUGGUGGGGUUAAUAAUAAUGUUACUGUACUGUAAAUAUUCAUCCCUUCUCUAAAUCUACUCAUCUAUUAUACCUUCAUUUAUUUACUCAUUGUGAUAAACCAAAGCAAGAUUAUUAUUAUUAUUAUUAUUAUUGUGCUUUUUUGUCGUCGUCUUUUUCUUGUAUGACCUACUAAUACCUCUCUCUUAUUGGUGUGUGCCUUUUUUCGACUUUUUUUUUUCUUUAGAAAAUUUCCUUCACUAUUUUUGUGUAGUUUUUAGUGUUUUACCUUUGGAUAGUUCAAUUUCUGUUUUGUUGUUGUGUAUUUCUUUUGUGUGUAUGUGUGUGUGUGUACACAAUUAUACGCAUAUUUGUUUUCUGUCAUUGAGAGUUUUAUUAUUAUAACAAAUUGUUGUCUAUUUCCCAUUGAACUUGUACACAGAUAUAACACUGAUUUUCUUUUAUAAAACUGACUAUAUUCUCUUCUUUUUUCUUAAUCAACUGAUAACACAUAUUUAUAUUCUUUUCUUUCAAU